UACAUUGAGCAUACACGAUCUAGGUUGGUGUGAUAUACAUUGUGACAAGUGCUCGAUUGAUGAUGUGAAAACAAAGAAAGUGAAACCUUGUGGAUUAUCUUUCCUCCAAGGAAUCUAUUUCUUUACUCAUUUUGAGGAAACACCAUGUUAUCAAGGAUGGAGUAGCUAGUUUGUGAAUGUGACAGAUUGGCAACCAAGUGACCUUUGUCUUUGGGUCUGUUCGUGCAUCAGGUGUUGAGUCUUCUUGACGACAGGCUUUCGGUAUCGUCUUGGCGUAUCCAAACUGUCUCUGGGUUCUGCUGAACCGACCCGAUGCCCUCCCUAACGACAGUAACCCGGUCUACGUUGGAUCAGUAUUCGGUCUUCAACAUGAUGAACUGUCGCAGGACCAGUCGGACUUUCACCGUCCCAGUUCUCAAAGGAGCAUUCGGGGAAAUCGUCUGGGAGACAUUCCUAGGAAGCGGUCGUUAUGGGGACGUUUUCCAAGGAUACUGGGCGUCGAAAAAUAAAAACGUUGCCAUGAAGGUCCUUCAUGGUGAUGCUGAGCUCGAGAAUGUGAAACGUGAAAUUGAUAUUUGGCGGGUCCUGGAGCACCCGAACUUGAUCAAAUUGUAUGAUUAUUGUAGUGACGACGAAUCAGACGAUAUAUACGGUUGUCCGCAGGUGAGCGUCAUCAUGGAAUACGCACCAAACGGUUCCCUCUUUGAUUACAUCCAAACAAACCGGACAGUCCCGAGGGAGUUGUUCUGGCGCUGGAGUCAACAAACAGCAGCAGGGCUAGUCUACCUCCACCAGCGCAAUAUCGUCCACAGGGACUUGAAGUCGCCGAAUAUUGUCCUUGAUUCUGUCUUCAAUGCGAAACUCUGUGAUUUUGGUUGCUGUACGUGCUUGGCGCGGACUACUACUGUGUCGGUGGUGGGUUCGAUUCGCUGGAUGCCACCUGAGGUGCUGAUGGCCAAGCACGCCAGUUCAUCUUCGGACUUGUAUUCAUUUGGGAUGGUCCUUUGGGAAAUGCUGACUGCCAUGUUACCUUUUCACGAAAUGGACAACGAAUUCCAGAUCAUGUGGGCUGUGUGCGAGUCUCAUAAACGGCCCAAACUGCCGGAGGAGUGUCCGUUAGAACUGAGCGGCCUGAUAGAACGAUGCUGGCACCAUGAGUCACAUGGAAGGCCUGGUAUCAAAGAGGUGCUGAAUAUAUUGACUAAACUUGCUGCUGUCGACUUGAGAGGACGACCAACUGAGCUAUAAUAUCACAAUUAAAAACUUAUAAAUGACCUGCUCGUAUGCCACACUGCUUUUCUUUUAAAGCUGUUUUCGGAAAAACACAUUGCCCUCAUUACAAUAGAAGUGGUGCUCGUCUGUGAACACUCGUCCCAGCCAGGGAUGCAGGACGGUACCUGGUCGAUUUUAUAGUAUUAUGCCUUUGCACCUGUUGCUCAAUAACUUCUCCCGAAAACGCGAAUAUAGAUAUAGAGUCUAUAUUUACAUGUAUCUAAACCAGUCAAGUUUUAGUUCUCAUUUGUAGGCCAACCAGUCCAAGUGUCGCUAUCCAAUUAUCGUGUGCGGAAUGAGGUGCUAAGUGACUAAGUAUUCAAAUUGCAGACGAAAAUAACUGUAUCACCAAGGUCUUCAGGCAACUUCCAUCCCACGUUCCCAUCCUAUUCCGUCUCAAUUCCUAAGAGGGUUUGGCAGGUCUUUAAGUAAUAUCAUUUAAAGUGAUUAUAUCGCAGUCGUCUGGUUGUGACAUUGUCCUCGUAAGACCGAUUUGAGAUGAGCGACGGAAAAACAUCACACUUUUUGAUGAAAAUGUUUGCAUGGCGGUGACGAAUUUUCUUUAGGGGAUUGCCGGGUCUUGUAUGAUAAGUUGUUCGAGGUCCCACAUGUAGACGUCCGACAUUCAUUUUGUCUUGAAAUAGCCUGCACGUGUAAAUAACUCAUGUUAUAAAGUACGAGUCUUAUAUAUUUUCUAAUGGGUUGUGAUUCCCUCCGAGCUAUCAGUUUUGUGUUACAUGGGUGUUUGCAAAGCUUUUAAAAAUAGAUUGGCUGACACUCAAAUCAAAGGUUUGAAGUUAACCAA